CGCAUGAAGGUCCCAUGGCUACCGGAUUGGUAAAGUGGUGGCGGGCAAGGUUCCUCGCUGGCUACAGACCCUUUUCUGUCGUGGGGACCAAUACGGAAGGUAGCGAUUCCGAGGAGUUGCUUACGGGCGUCCCGACGAUCUGCAACGUUUCGUCACCGCCAACGACGACGACGACGACGACGGCGACGACGUCGACGACGACGACGGCGACGACAACGACGGAGCCGCAACCGAUUUUAAUCUCACCCGCGGAGACGCCGCAGGUCGCGGCUGAUAGUUCGGGCGUACCUGCUGGACCUACCGGUAAUGAUGAACAGCCUACGUGCGGUACAACGAAACAGCUUAGUUUCGAGGAAUUCGAGUGCGACGUGUCGGUCGCGGAUGGCGACAGGAGGCGGCAGGAGUUCUCCUUCACUCUGUACGACUUCGAUGGGCACGGGAAGAUCACCAAGGACGACAUAGCUGGUCUGGUGACCACCAUUUACGACACGCUAGGCGCCUCGAUACAGGUACCACCGUGCGGUAGCAAGACGAUUAAGGUGAAGCUGACGGUGUCGCCGGAUCAGCGGGCCAGCAGCAGCAGCAGCCAGGCGCCGCGCAAUGCCGCCGCCGCCGCCGCCGCCGCUGCCGCCGCCGGCACCUGCCUAAAUGCCACGCAAACGCCGCAGGCCGCGACGUUGUCCUCCGGUCACCAGCACAACCCGUCGUCCUGUUGCCAUUUGAAGCACGCCGCUCCGUGCGGCCACGCAUCGGCCGCCGCCACCGCUACCGCUCGCCACGGCGCGAGCAGAGUUCCUAGAAGGAGAAGAGCAACGCGCUAUCGUUGUCAGACUGAACGAAAAGAAGUGGAGACUCAUAGCGAGGAUGACGAUGAGAACGCCAGAACGAAUCGAGUGCAGCAGGAGGAGCUACGUAGACGAGUCGGUCCGGUGCCCCAUUUACCAUCUCCCUAUUCAAACAGCUCGGAGGGCGAUGUGAGCGAUGAUAGUGACACUUCCCCCGCGUUCUCGCCAUUGACGCCGCUUCUUACGGUGAAUCAGAGGAAACGCAGCGGCGCCCUACAAAGACAACAAUUACUGGAGAUUAUUCAGGCCAACAUGGAGAAAAAUAAUCUCAGUUUUCACACAUCAAGGAAACGGCAUCAAAACGAACAAUCGCGCAUUUCAUCUCAUAGCCCCCAUCUAGAGACCUCGAAUCAUAACAAUCAGGACUGCCAUACGUCUCUGGAGCCUCGUCAAGCGACCACGAACUAUCACAAACCAAUCCGGGAGAGCACCAAUCAUCAUUCCGCGUCGUUUCCCAAAACGCCGGUGAAAUCGCGGUCGGCGAAUCUCAGAAAGACGCGGCACGCGACACCGAGGAACAACGCGAAUUCACAUUCCUCCCCCCAGGCGACCUACGCGACGUAUUCGCAAAUACUGAAUCGCAACGUGCUCGCGCCGACGACGGUCUACAACGACAGCAGUACGCCGCAGCACACCGCCAACAAUACCGGCAACGCUCACAACCGCAACAUCGUCAACCUCGUGCCCAACAACAACCAGCAAACGGCCAAUCAUCAGACCGUCACCAACAAUCACAACAACCUGCAACGCAACGACGCGCAAUUCGUCUACGCGCAGCAGUGCGGCAGGGCGAGCAAGAAGCAUCAGCUGAAGCACGCCACGCGGGAGCAGGACCAGGCCCGCGCGAUGGCGCAGGUCGUGCGCUGGCUCGAGCGUGAAUUCUCGCAGAACGCGGUGGCGGCCACGUCGAGUCGGAGACACGUCCACGAGCACAUACACCAUCACUAUCAUCACUAUCACGCCGAGGCUCUGGUGUGAUCGGCCCCACUCGAAUUUCAAGUUCUCUUUGAACUUGGAGGUCGUCACAAUAACGAUAAAAUGAAUUAAUUUAAAAAGGAAUUAUCGAGACGUAAUUCGUAUCUACAUUAUUGUUAUUUAGGAAAAACGGCUUAGCAUUUCGUAUCACGUUUUUUUUUUUUAAAUUGUAUCGUAUAAGGACUCGAUAUGACGCGUUUCAUUUCCGAGCUCUCGUAUAUAUACGUGUUUUAUUGAUUAUUUUAGGAAAUCGUGUGCUAUGAAUCAUUUCAUUGAAUCUCUCAAUUUGUUUUCGUGAACAAGGUCGAACUAAUUCGUACAUUGUUCGAAUAUCUUUUAAUGCGAAUUCAAUGAUGAGCAAUCGUAUAUUUUUCAUAUAAGCGACUGAGUUUUUCUUGGGUAUCGACGAAUGUACGAAAUUUGCGGUGCUCGUUGAUUUUUUUUUUGAUAUUUUAUAAGCGUCGAAAUUAGGCAAAACGAAAUUUUUUUACAUCGUAAGUGGCAUAGAAAAUGGUAUCGCGAUUUGCUUAAAGAAACUUUUGUGGAAGACAUGCGUGUUCAGUGUAAAUUACAUUCGUAUUAUAUGCGCAGAUUUUUUUGAGCAAGGAGAUAGUUACUAUAAAUCUCAGGCUUAUGAUAUGUACGUCAUAUUACAAUGACAAUGGUCUAGUUUCCACCGAAGCAUUAAUUCGCACAUAAUACGGUGUAGAAUCAAAUUUAAAUCGAUGGAAAUACACUUGACUUUGCUUCCAUUUCGAUCCACAAGCUUUAUCGGAGUGGCAGUGAAACUGAUAUAAAAUUGAAUCGGCUAUUAAGUUGGUUCUACUGAAAUAUCAGUUUUCACUUUUACUCUAUUUCCAACGGAAACAGCACACUAAAUUUUGAUCUGCCCCGAAGUGGAACUGAAUUAAGAGUUCGAUGGAAACUAGUCCAAUGACGAAACACCACCCGAGUAGGAUCGCAAUUUAAAUAACAGAAUAUGUAUACUAUAUUCGAUCGUAUUUUAUACGUACAAUAUGUACGAUCAUGUUUUCCGGAAUUGAAAAAACAGAUUAUCACGCGCUAUAGAAUAAAAUUGCACUUUUAAUCGAAAGAAAAAAAAAAGAAUGCAGUCGCUCUUUCUCAACUCAGGCGCGAUAAAAGUACGACGGCUAUCCAUCGUUGUAUAUAUAGAAAGUAUCCCAAAGAGAAUAUCUUUUCAGUAUACAAAAGUUACGAUUAAGGCAGACACAAUUUAUAGAGUCGCAACGAGAGAGCGAAGCGUUCGGAAGCAUAAAGACUCCACUACGAAUGUUCCUGUAUAACCGGAGAGUUAUAAUUUUCUUUAUCGAACGUAGAGUAUUUCUAGAAAAAAAAAAUCUCGAACGCGAUUUUGACGGUGCUAGCAUACCCAUACAGUCGAGCGAACGCGCACUUUCGAUUAAAAUAACGCUUGAAUCUCAUAUACAGGGCGUUUCACUUCUAUCAGGUCAUAUUUCAGUAAUGGAUCUCUCGGCCACUUUCAGGUGAAAUUCUCUUCGGUGAAAAUAUUCUAAGCUAUUGAUGAGAUAAAGAGCGAUCUAAAAACAAUUCAUUUUUACGUUAAGUGUUUUAGGAGAAAUUAAGUUAAGCUAUUGGGAGAAGAGAUGGGUAACGAGAUAAUAUUCUACGGACUAAUCUCGCGUACGCGAAUAUAUCUUGAUAGAAUUUUAACUUGGAGACUUGGUUCGGAAAGAUGAUAUAUAAAAAGAUAAUGUUAAAAAAUUGAAAGAUUGUACGAUUAGGGACGAUAGAGGGCAACAUUUUUCGCUCCGAAAUCUGCCAUUUGAAGAACGAUGCCUUAGCGGUGGUACAUCCUGUAUAUCUUGCUAGUCUUAUAUUACGACAAAUAAAACUCUUUCAUUAUCCGCGGAGUACAGUGGAUACUCGGAAAGAGAGAGUGACAAUUGAGUUCUUAUACUAGUGCCUUGUAAUCUAGAACUCGUUUCGUACUCGCGAAUAAUUGGUCCCUGUUUUUCUUUUCUUGCAAAAACCGAUCAUUUUUCUUUCCAUUCGUCGCACGAGCGAAGACUGUCCCGUAUCCGGGCAACCUAUAUUUUUGUGUUGUCAAAACUCGUUUUGUCCCUAUUACAAUCCGCCGCAAGAAUUUUGAAAGAUCGUUGAAUGGCGUAUUAUUUAUUGCUAACGCGCGAAGGGGUAUAAGCGCGCGAACGGAACUAUGAAAAUCGACAAUAUUUCUCAAUCGGGUGUCACAAGAGUAUUACGAUUACCUUUAGCUGUAGCGAUCAAUAUUACGAUUAAGGCUAAACGUUAAGACUAGAUACAUUGACAGAUGUAAGGGUCCUAGAUAAUUACGUUGCGGGACAUGUAAUUUUAUAUAUCGACAUUUGUAAUCCCUGUAGAUAUUUUCUGUAACUUUUUUUCUAUUGAUAUUUAUUAAAACACGUUUUUAUACUA